GCUCCGUGUCUUGGAUGCUACCAUCCCAUACCAGGCAACAGCUUAGAUCUGUUACCCAUUCUGAGAUAUGCCAUUCGAAACUUCAAUAAAGAAAGUCAGAAAUCCUUCCUUUAUGAAGUUGGUGAAAUAAUAAAAGCCACAAGACAGGUGGUAGCUGGAUGGAACUACGCAGUUGAAUAUAUGGUCAAAGAGACAAAUUGCUCCAAGAAAGAAUUUCAGGAUUUAAGUCCAAAGUGCAAGCCCAUUUUUGGAGGCCAUGUAGGUAACUGUGUAGCCAAGGCUUUUGUGGAUCUCAGCAACACACUUGUUGAUGUUACACAGCAAUGCAAGUUUCCAGUUGAGGAAACUGUACCUCCUCCACAGAUGUGUCCUGGCUGUCCAAAGCGCAUCCCAAAUGACAGUCCAGAACUGAAGGAAGUACUCAAGGCUUCCAUGGAGAAGUACAAUUCAGAGAGCGAUGAUGAUUUCUACUAUAAAGUUGAACAUGUAUUCCACAGCACAGUCCAGGUGGUUGCUGGAAAAAAUUAUGAGAUAGAAUUUCUCAUUGGGAAGACGAACUGCUCCAAGUCAGAAGUGGAGAAACUAAAUGAAGACUGUAAAAUUGUAAUUCCUAAGAUAUCUUUAGAGUGCACAGCAAAUAUAUAUGUGGUGCCAUGGAAGCAGGAAAUCUUCCCUCAGGUUAACUGCAGUGAAGUGACCCCGAUUAUCCAAGCAAGAAGGCCUCCAGGUUUUACCCCAUUCCGAUCACUUAUGCUGCAUGAAAUUUAUCCACAGACAUCCCCUUUACAAACUGCAGAAGAAGGAAAAGACCCUGACAAAGGGCCAAGAGAAAAUCUUGGGCCGGGACUAGAAAAUGAGGAUGGACAAGGAGAUGGGUGUGACCAUAGAGUAGGGCAUGGGAAUGGGCAUGGACAUGGGCAUGGGCAUCGGUUUAAGCAUAAGCCUGGGCAUGGGAGGGGGCGUGGAAGAGGGCAUGAUAUUGGGCGAGGGCAUAAAAAACAUCAGAAGGAGGACAAACAUAAAGAUUCCAAAGACAAGUCCUCUGAAGAAUCGGAGGAAAAGGUCCCUUGCGAAAGGGAAAGCCAGCCACCAAGCGUAGAUAGGACAUCAGAAAAUUCACAGUUUCCUACUACACCUAGUCUAUUCCAGUCAGAUGCAUUAACUACUCCUGGGGUUACGGUGGGUCCAAGAGAUGACUCUUCUACCCCUGAUAUCCCUGAGGAACCUGUUAGCCCCAGAACUGCUGAAAUUGCUCCUGAUAUUUCUUUAUUUGAUGACCUUCCAGAUCUCCCAGAGCCCCCUGUUUCCAAGUGUCCUGGAAAGCCAUGGAAAUCAAUUACGCAACUCACAAAUCCUUCUGAAAAUACCGUUUUAUUUACAAAUGAGGAUCUUUUACCUAAUCCAUUAGAAAACCUCAAUCCAGCAUCAGAAAAACCUUCACCUAUCAAUACUGAUGUGGGUGAUUUUGACCUUGUGGAUGCUUUAUCCCUUUAAUUUGAACAGUCUGCAAUCCAUUUUUUUCAGGCCAGAAAUAGAAAAAUUAUAUAGUUAUUUUCUUUGGAAGCCAAUACAUUUCUUUGAAGAGUGGUUACCAUUCUGUUACAGACAAUACUCAAGAAAGUCAUUAGCAAAUCUUGGGAACAAAAUAGAGCACAAGGCAACUCUCAGUACCUGAUUCACCCCUUACAAAGGUGUUGAUUAGGAGUGAAUCCACUGAAAACUCUGUGAUACUGAUGUAGAACAAGCAGAGAGGAAACUGAGGGCCUCUCUCUCCAAUCUUUCAGUAAAGUCAAUUGAUUCAGUUAUUUGUGAGUUCUUUUUCUCAUAUGCCAAAACUAUUACACUCACUCCCAGUGUGCUAGGUUUAAAACACUAUGAGAGUACAAAGAAUUCUGGGAAUUAUCUGAGGGGACCUAGUCAAAAGAUAUCUGUAGGGUGAGGAAAAGGAGGUCACACUGUGAAACAGGGCAAGGCCCCCCCUCCCCCCUUGGGUAUUUAAAAUCAUCCGCUGGACUGCCAAUUAAAAAACAAUAAAAUAGAAACGUUUUACUUGUGAAUUUCUUCACUCCUAUUAACAUACUCUCCAAUUCUUUACCAUAUACAGUAGUUGCUUUCUUGGAGGAGACAUUGGAGGGAGAGGUCACAGAAUCCCAGAUAAAACAUCAUCUCUUAAGCAAGUUUCAGCUGGAACGCAUUUCCUGAAUAGCAUAACCAUUUCCACUAUGCAGAAUAUUUGCUAUACAAAAUAAUCACAGCAAAUAACAGCUUUUCCUGUGGGAGAGGUUCACAAGUACCACAGAUCCGAGAACAGGCUUAUGGACAGUAUGGGAUGCUUAAGGUUGUCUGACACAUCCCCUCAUAAGACCCUGUUUUCUGUUGCAAACCAUUGCUUGUAGCUCAGCAGAAAUGUUCUAUUCUGGGUGUCUACCAAAGCCAGAAUAUUUUUUGAGGGUUUGAGC